UAUUGGUCACAGUGGAAGGUCGACCUCAAAGCUGUAAUAUAGGUGUCGGUGGAAGGGCAUGGUAAUUGCUGAGCUUGAGAUUAAGUUUUGGCGUUCAUAAGACAUGGUUUCCAUUUGUAAAAGAAUUGCACUUCAUUCUUCUCGAAGAAACACAGUAUAUCUUUGUGUUAGACUUGCUAAUACAUUUAUGGACCCAAAGGAAUUAGUUACUGGACUAGAAAAGCGUGAAUUGCUUAAUGAAGAGGCUGGAAAAGAUCCUGACCCAUAUGGUCUAGCUAUUAAGCGAGGACCAGGUACCAAGGAUAAACCUACUUUGGUUUCAUCUGCAUUUGACUCCAGAAUUAUUGGCUGCGUUUGUGAUGAUGAGUCCAGCCACAUAAAUUGGAUGUGGCUUCACAAGGGUAACUCUACACGUUGUGAAUGUGGCUUUUGGUUCAAACUUGUGGAGAAACCUCCUUUGUAGUUUCCUUUUACAUAGCUCAGUUCUCUGUAGACUUAUAAUUAUGUAAUUUCAAAAUGCUUGAAAUUGAUCUAAGCACUUCCAAAAGUGCUUUAUAAAAUGGAAUUGUCUGUGUAUAGUGUUUAAAAUAAAUAAAAUGAUGGUAGUUGUACAUUAUGGUAUGAAUGAA